GCAUGACGUCAGCGGGGGGCGGGGCGGGCGGAGUCGCGGAGUCGCCGAGGCCUCGGACUCCAGGUCGAUGCGCAGCUCGGUCCGCCGGCCGUUCCGCCCGGUGCUCAGGUCGCGGCCAGCAGGACAGGCAGGGGGGCGACAGGCGCGAGAGGAAGCAGGAUUAGGGGGCCCAGGCCCAGGACCCUGAAGAUCUGAGGAAUCCAUCUCCUUGGUCAGGGCUCAUAACCACCAUUGUUGCCCCACCCCCACCCCCACCCCUACCCCCGCCGCAACCCCACACACAGGCCUGUGUGUGCACCUCAGCCCAGCUAUGGCCCUGCUCACCAUCAAUGACCUGCCUGAGAACAUCCUGCUGGAGGUAUUCAUAUACGUGCCUGCCCGUCAGCUGGUAUUGGACUGCCGCCCUGUCUGCAGCCUCUGGCGCGACCUCAUCGACCUUAUGACCCUCUGGAAACGCAAGAGCCUGCGUGAGGGCUUCAUCAACGAGGACUACGACGAGCCUGUGUCUGACUGGAAGAUUUUUUACUUUUUGUGCAUCCUCCGCAGGAACCUCCUACGCAACCCAUGUGCUGAAGAGGGUAUGAGAUCCUGGAAAAUCGACCACGAUGGGGGGGACCACUGGAAGGUGGAGAGCUUACCUGGAGGCCAUGGGCAAGAUUUUCCUGACUCCAAGGUCAAGAAGUACUUCGUCACAUCUUAUGACUUGUGCCUCAAGUCCCAGAUGGUGGACCUCAAAGCUGAGGGCUACUGGGAGGAACUAAUGGACACAAUCCGGCCUGACAUCGUGGUGAAGGACUGGUUCGCCGCCAGAGCAGACUGUGGCUGCACCUACAGCAUCCGAGUACAGCUGGUCUCAGCCAACUACAUCGUCUUGGCCUCCUUCGAGCCCCCACCUGUGAUCAUCGAGCAGUGGAGCGAUGCCCAGUGGAGAGAGGUCUCUCACACCUUCUCAGAUUACCCUCCAGGCGUCCGCCACAUCCUCUUCCAGCAUGGGGGCAAAGACACCCAGUUCUGGGCAGGCUGGUAUGGGCCCCGUGUCACCAACAGCAGCAUCAUCAUCAGCCCUAAGACGACCAGGAACCCAGCAGCCUCCACAACUCAGCCCGAGACCAUGCAGGAGCAGGGGCAGGGGCAGGGGCAGAAUCGGGAACGAGAGCGGGAACAGCCACGGCCAUGGAAUGCGAACUUUAAUAACCUGCCCUCCCGACUUCGUUUCUGCAGGCCCCUCUGACAGUCUGGAUCCGAUAGCCUUUCAUCUGCCCUCUGUACCCGCCAGCCAAGUGCCAAAGGUCUCCUCCAGGCAAGAGAUGAGCCUGUGGUGGGCAGGGAGGCCCUUGCCCCGGGACCUCCUGCCACAGUUCUAACCCUGGGCAAACCCACUGUUGUGUGGCUCUCACUUGUCAUAAUAAAUGUUCC